UCGAGAGAACCCAUUUAAGGACACGCCUUUGGUGUCAAAAUAGUCUGCGACAGUCGUCAAUGGGACGAUGAUGGCCAAGAAACGCGCCGCCGUCGCUGCACCCCUUCAUGCAGAGCUAACAGAAUACACAAACCUCAUUAGAGCCCUGAGAACAAAUAGAACCCUCGAUUUAACAACCCAUCUGCUCCAGAACGCAGCUCAGCAAAGACAGCCAGAAGGUAGCAAGGGGGCCGCAGACAGAGACACAUGGACUCGAUGGCCUCUCCCAGACUUCCCUGUCCCAGAAUGGAGGUUGGACGAUGAGGUGGAGACCCUUGGUGAACUGGUCAUACACCAAUUGGGCGACGGACGCGAGGAGUUCAAGGAAGAAUCAGCCGCAGAAGAACAUGAGGACGCAGACGAUCCUGAAAUCGACGAACUGCAUCCGUCCACCGCUCACCUACUCGUCGCGCACGCUGGAGCACUGUUAGUUCACGUUUUGAACGUCCUGGCCGAUCUCAGGCCUGCCACGGUUGCAAGCAUGCAGAAUAGGCUUUCCCCUAUAAACUGGGAAGAUGUCCUAAGUGCGCUGGCCGCCCAAGGGGUGGUUGACGAAGCGUAGGUUUAACUCCAAUACAAGCGGCUGUUUCUGAUAAGGAUUCCAGUGUGAUUUUUCGGGCAGACACAC